AUGGUCGCCUUCAAGUCUUGGGUAAUCGCAUCCCUCGCGACAGCCCUUCCGGGCACAUCGGCACUUCUUGCGUUCCCCGGGGCCGAAGGGUUUGGGCGCAAUGCCGUCGGAGGCAGAACGGGGUCGGUCUAUCAUGUCACGAAUCUAGACGACUCGGGCACCGGGUCUUUCCGUGACGCAGUGUCGAAAGCGAACCGCAUCGUCGUCUUCGACGUGGGCGGGACCGUUAAGAUCAAGACGCGGAUCGCGGUUUCGAAGAACAUCUACAUUGCCGGACAGACAGCGCCAGGCGACGGCAUCACGAUUUACGGCAACGGCAUGUCGUUUUCUAACGCGAACGAUGCCAUUGUACGAUAUGUUCGAUUUCGCAUGGGAAAGGGUGGCGAUUCGGGUAAAGACGGGAUCACCAUCGCUGAAGGCAGCAACAUGAUCUUCGACCACGUCUCAGCCACCUGGGGUCGCGAUGAGACCUUCUCCAUCAACGGCGAAGUGCACAACGUUACGGUGCAGAACACCAUCAUCGGGCAGGGUUUGGAGACGCACUCUUGCGGCGGACUGAUGCAGUCGGAUUUUGGCAUCAGUCUCUUCAGAAACUUAUAUAUCGACAACAAGACGCGAAACCCCAAGGUAAAGGGUAUGAACGACUUCCAAAACAAUGUGGUCUAUAACUGGGGAGGUGGCGGCGGCUACAUUGCCGGCGACAGCGCUGGCCAGAGCCAGGCCAACAUCAUCAACAACUACUUCAUCUCCGGGCCGAGCACGGGUGUGACAGCUUUCACGCGCGGAAACGCCAACUUCCAGGGCUAUGUAUCGCAGAACUACUACGACAGCAAUAAGGACGGCUCUCUGAAUGGUUCUCCGCUCUGUGUCGAGACCUCUUGUUAUAGCGAUAUGAGCAUUCAAAAGACGCAGUUCGACUAUCCAAGCCCGCAGAGUCUGAUGAGUGCGCCCGAUGCAGUGACGUACGUUCUUGAUAAUGUCGGCGCCAAGUUUCCAGUACGCGACAGUGUGGAUGAGGGCCUCGUUGCGGAAGUGAAAAGCUUCGGCAAGAAAGGGGCACUGAUCAGCGGAGAGGAUGCGAGCUCUGUAGGAGGGGUUGGUGGGACUGCACCCAAAGAUACUGAUGGCGACGGGAUCCCUGAUGAGUGGGAAAAUGCACAUGGGUUGAAUCCUGCCGAUGCAAGUGAUGCGAUGAAGAUCAGCAGCUCUGGAUACGCGAAUAUUGAAGUGUAUCUGAACUCUCUGGUUCCUUCCUCCUAG